AUGAAAGGGUCUGCGGGGUCUGUAGAAAACUGGGACACGCUCCUGGGUCAACCGAAUCUGACUAAAGCAAUUCGCGCAGAUGCAGCAAAAAAAGUGAGAAAAGCGGAAAAGGCUUUAGACGCCAAAAGAAUUGGACAUAACAUCAGGGACCCGCAGGACUGGCAGAGUGAAAAAGAGGCAGUGAUGGAAGAAAUAGUCAACGCCAAGGUUGACCAAAUCCCCGAGAUCAAUACCAAAUUGGAAACGUUUAACAACGACACCAUGUAUUCUGAAGGUACGUUUGACAUGGAGUGGGGUACAGGACUGGACGUCGAUGCCACCUUACAUACCGAUCCGAAAAAGUGGCCCUAUGAAAACAAACUAGGGAAAAUCUAUCAAAAGAUUGCUUAUAAAUUCGGCAGAAAACUCUGCAGUGCUUCCGUCUCGCGUACGAAAGGAGCGACAAAUGAGAGACAGCCCAACAUUGAGGAACUGCUGAAAGAUGUGCGGAAUGACAAGAAGGGCAAGAAAACGACAAGUGCGGUGCCCGUAAGUAAGUAA